AUGCAUUUAGGAUCAGAUGCAUUUGUUGGGAUGGAUCGUCUUAGAUUUCUUAAAUUCUCUCAACCGAUACAUCCAUGCAAAAUCCAUCUGCCAGACAGUGGUCUGGACUUGCUUCCCCCCGAGUUAAGGAUGUUGUGGUGGGAUGGAUAUCCUUCAAAAAGUCUCCCAUCAAAAUUCUCUCCCCACAACCUCGUUGAACUUCGUAUUCGACACAGCCCUCUAGUGCAAACUUGGGAUGGAGUUCUGGUACGUAAAUUUGUGAACCUAAGGUGGUUCGACUUAUCAUAUUGCGCAAAUCUUGCAAUCGUCCCAGAUCUGUCGAAGGCCACACAUCUGGAGUCACUCAAACUUACGGGAUGCAAAAGCAUAGUUGAGCUGCCUGCCUUCGUUGAAUACCUUGACAAGUUAGUCUUAUUAGACCUAGGGUAUUGUGAAAACCUCGAGAUCCUCCCGCAAAAACUUGGCUCCAAACAACUCAAGCACAUCAUCCUCUACAAUUGUAGGAAGAUCAACCAAUGUCCACAGUUUGCCAGCAAAUGGGAAACCUUAGACUUGCAUGGCACCCCGGUUACAACAUUGCCCGCUGCAAUCCACAGGGUUAAAGAAGCCCGAAAGCUUUACCUUCAUGGUAAAAACAUCACCAAUUUCCCGGAGUUCUCUACAAAGAUAAAGGAGUUUCGUUUGUGUCACACGUUAAUAGAAAAAAUGCCACCAGAACAUUGCAAAUAUCUUGAUUCCCUCCCUAGGUUUGCUCAACUAGUGCUCAUUGAAAAUUCGAAGCUAGGUGUUCUCUCUAGAACCAUAUGGAAGUUGGUCUCGAGCAAGCUCAUCAUUGUUGGUUCUCCCAUGCUCGAAACACUCCCAGAGCUUAUACAAGAAUUGGACCAACUUCGUACGUUGGACGUGUCUCAUUGCAAGAGUUUAGAGUCCAUUCCGAGUGGCAUUAGUAGACUUCAGAAGCUAGCCCAAAUUUACUUGGUGGGCUGCGAGAGCAUUCGCUCUUUACCUCAACUUCCAGAGAAUGUGAAGACUUUAGCAGCAGGGUGUUGCACGUCUUUACAAGCUGUUUCGAGCAACAACUUCGGGAAGCUUCGUUUUCGCCACCUCAGCUUCGUGAGUUGUCUCCAACUGGACCACAAGUUGCUUGGUCGGUUGCUGGCCAAAUUGCCACUUCAUGAUGUCUUAUAUCCCGGGAGUGAAAUUCCAGAAUGGUUUCCUUAUAAGAAGAUGGGAGAUUCGGUAACAGUUCCUUUGCCGAGAAACUGCAGGCGACUGAAGGGAAUUGCGUUGGCAAUCGUGUAUUCUGUACGACCGUCCAGCAAGAAUGCCGCCAAACAGACGACGGACAUGCAUAUACACAUGAAAUGUGCAUGUUUCUCCAACUCUGAUGGUGGCCACGACGAUAGCUCUAGUGCCGCUGUAACUUCAUGGAAUAUUUGUAUGAGCGAUUUGCAUGACUCUGUCUCUACAGAUCAUGUCUUUCUGUUUGUUGCUCAUAAACCUGAGGCCACUCCAUCAUCUGUACAGAAUGGAGAUCAGGAAGAAGAAGAAGCUUGGUAUGUGAAAUACUCUGGGCUUGAUGUUACAUUUCGAUUCUGCAUUCAUGCGAAACAUGAAGAUGUAAAGCAUUGCAAAAUCAAGCAAUGUGGUGUGUCACUAACUUUUCAUAGUUUUGGGAAUCUUUGA